AUGGAGUAUUGUAGUUAUACUCUGAUUGAUAAAGUUGGCGAAGGAACCUUCGGAUACGUAUGGAAAGCUAUAGAUAAUCUAAGUGCUGAUGGUUCUGAAAUUGUAGCAAUAAAGGAGAUGAAGAAAUUAUAUUCGUCCUUGGAAGAAUGCCUUGAACUUCCAGAAGUCAAGGCAUUGGUUAAACUCUAUGGGGAUCCGAAUAUCGUCGGACUCAGAAAACUCAUCUUUGACAAUCAGGUGUUAUAUUUGGUCUUUGAUUACGAAGAAUUUACUCUGUAUCGCCUUAUGCAUGAUAAGAUCAAUCUUUGUACGGAUGCUGAGUUACUAAACGGGUUAUUGGAGAACAGGAUAGGCCUUUUUUCGGAGUCUCAGAUACGACGCUGGUCUCGUCAAAUCUUGCUAGCUCUUGCACAGAUGCAUCGUCCUGGUGGAUAUAUGCAUCGAGAUAUAAAACCAGAUAACUUGCUGGUCGCUAGAGAUGGAGAUUCAAUAAAGAUCGCGGAUUUUGGUCAAGCUAGGGAAAUUGAUUCUAAAUCACCGUGUUCAGAUUAUGUUACUACACGGAUGUACCGCGCACCUGAAGUGCUGUUAAACUCGGUUUCGUAUACCUCUGCUGUUGAUAUGUGGGCAGUUGGGGCUAUAAUGGCCGAACUGUAUUCGUUUCGUCCUCUUUUUCCUGGUAAGAAUCGAGCAGAUCAGCUGUAUAAGAUUUGCAGUGUAAUCGGAAGUCCAACUUAUGAGUCGUGGGCAGAAGGAAUACAACUUGCCAAUUGGUGUGGUUACAAGUUUCCUCAAGUACAUCCAUAUGGUAUUUCUACAAUGAUACCAUCUGCUAGUCAUGAGGCUAUAGAUCUGAUUAAAUCCCUUUGUUCUUGGGAUCCAAAAAACAGACCAACAGCUAUGGAGGCUCUGAAGCAUCCUUACUUUGCGCCCGAUAUGCGUGAAUUGCCAGAAGCGACAACAAAUGCAAAAUUGGAGCAGAGAAUAUAUCCUAAUCAGACUUGCUUUGGUGAAAAACUUCUUGGACCUUUCUCCCCUGUUAGAGAUAUUACAAUUGAAGAUAUGUUAAAGAGGGUUUGGGCAGAGGAUACAAGUGCAAAGUUCGCGCAGAGAAUAUAUCCUAAUCAGACUUGCUUUGGUGUAGAACUUUUUGGCCCUUUCUCCCCUGUAGGAAACAUGACAAGCCAAGAUCUGUUUGAGAGUGUUUGGGGUUGCAGUUUAGAUGCCUCUUUCAGAGAGAUAACUCAUCAGGGGAAGCAGACAGCAGCAGCAGCAGCGCAUGCUUUCUAA